CUUCGCCACUUCUACCUCCUGCAAACGAAUCACCACGUCAUCGAACUGGGAGGUUGAAAGGCCAUUUGCAGAGAGUCACAUCUCCGAAUCUGUCUAGUACGAAUUCAAGGUCGAACUCGAGAUCUAGGGUUCUAGCGGGUGAAACAUUUGCUUCUAUGAUGAAGAAGCGUCAGAGCAGUAUCGAUAAAGAGAAGAAACAUCUGACGGUGCAGGACGACAGGGACAUCAAUCUGCAGAAAGGUACUACUAGCGUUCUUAACGUGAACGAUGCUGUGGGGGAAGAGCGGCAGAGAAUGCUGGAUCAACGUGCUGAGAAAAUGCGACAAUUGGAAGCCGAAAAUGAGCGGACUUGGUGGCCUGAGACGAAGAAGAGCAUUACUUCUAGUAGAGCUACAAGAACAGGUGCUGGAGCUGUGUCCUCGUCUCCGA